CUAAUUGCGUUGCACCUGUACGAACGAGUCGCGCCAUCGUGGACGCAGGUCUAACAUUUUGAGAAGAAUCUUUUCGCCACAGAUCUUCACUCUCGCGUUCUUACAGCCACGUGACCGAUUCAUUUUCGCACGCGAUCGUUGGAUUUCUAGAUCGAAGAAACCGGAAACUGUUCACAUGAGCCGAGGAUCUAUUUCCAGUUGGCAGGACUAUGGACGCAGAAGUUCUCAAAGUAUGCCACAAUUCAGCGGUGGUCCGGUGGAAUUUAUGACUAGCGAUGACAUCGAGUGUAAAAGGGGCGAUGGUUGGUUCUUAUCGUACACAAAGAUAGCAGGGAUCGUCGUAGUUUUUGUUAUCGGCGUCGUUGCCGCGGGAUUUCUUGGAUGGUACAUCAAUUCUUUACCAAAAAAGAAACCGUAUGAGACAUUAGAUCUGCUGAACGAUGAGAUCGAGGACACCGACGUUGUUGGAGAAAAUGUGGUUUCUCCUUUCGUUCAUCCGUUGAAGUAUCGUCUAGAAUUAACGCCGAUUAUCGAUAUUGGAGGUCCAUCGAUACUGAUAGGCCGCGUGAUUAUCGAUUUCCAAGUAAACGGCACGGUCGGUUUGGAUAAGCUCUCUUUGAACGCGAAGAAUAUUACGGUGACGAAUUACAAGUUGUCGUCGCUGGAUCUGAAGGAGAAUAAAAGGCGACUGAAGAAAAGACGAAGAAGGAGGUCUAAUCAUGGCAAUCGUCAUCGGGACGAUGCAGCUUCCGGUAAUGUUUGGUAAUGUUUCAUUUAACCCUGUGCACUCGGGAGGCUGAUAUUAACCUUGUUUUGAUUUAAUAAUCUGAACGACGAGUGCGAGAUGAUAGUAACUAUUGCUAUGCUAAAUGCCUAAAGGAGGAUGUUAACACGUUCAC